ACUCACUAUAAAACGUGUUUAAUAAAGACGGUGUCAACUAAAAAUUUGUGUAAUUAUUUUUCCCACCAAAAAGAACAACAAACAGAAAAGUCUUUAGAAGUCAGUUCUCUCCCAUUUCCUCACUACAGACUUCUUCCUUCAUUUCACAGUCUUCUCAAUUUUCCUUCUUUCCAUCUUCAAUGGCGCUCCUUUUCAGAGACAGGAGCUCCAUGGGAGAUUCACGUAGAGAAGCUACACCUCCACCUUCAUCUCCAUUACCAUCUCAACCACCUUCUUCUUCUCUCUCUUCACCUUUCGUCACCGACCUCACUCCCUCCCUCUCUCUCCUUGACCUUCGUUCCACCGCCUACGAAAUCUUCGUUGCCGCUUCUCGAACUUCCUCUGGAAAAACCCUUUCUUCUGCUUCGAACUCCUCCCCUACUUCUGCCACUUCUGCCGCAAUAGCUACCAAUGGCGGCUCGAAUUCCGGUGGAUUGCAACGGUCGUUAACUUCAACGGCGGCGAGUAGAGUGAAGAAAGGGUUGAAAUCGUUAACUUCGUCGAGUUUAGGGUUGAAGAAAAGUAGUAAUGGUAGUCCAGGGUCACAGAUUAGUCACAAUAGCCCUAAUAAAAAACCUUUAACGGUUGGUGAGCUUAUGAGGGUUCAGAUGAGAGUUUCUGAAACUGCUGAUUCUAGAAUUCGUAAAGCUUUUCUCAGAAUCGCUGCUUCUCAGCUUGGAAAACGUAUUGAUAAUUUGGUUUUACCACUGGAGCUUUUACAACAGCUUAAGUCGUCAGACUUUACUGAUCAACAAGAAUAUGAUGCAUGGCAAAAACGAAAUUUGAGAGUGCUUGAAGCCGGUCUUAUAUUACAUCCUUAUCAGCCAAUUGGUAAAGCUGAUGCGAGCUCCCAACAAUUGCAAAAGAUAAUUCAUGGAGCUUUGGAGAGGCCGAUAGAGACAGGGAAAAACAAUGAAUCAAUGCAGGUUCUUCGUAGUGCUGUAGUGGCUUUGGCUUGCAAAGCGGCUGAUGGAUUGUCAGAUUCUUGUCAUUGGGCGGAUGGGUUCCCCCUCAAUCUCUGUCUCUAUGAGAUGUUGCUUGAAGCGUGCUUUGAUGUUAAUGAUGAAUCUUCAAUUAUUGAAGAAGUGGAUGAACUUAUGGACCUUAUCAAGAAAACGUGGCCUAUUCUUGGCAUUAACCAAUUAUUGCAUAACCUCUGUUUUACAUGGGUUCUGUUUAAUCGUUUUAUUGCUACUGGUCAAGUUGAAAGUGAUCUCCUGUCUGCAGUUGAUGGUCAGCUAGAAGAAGUAGCAAAAGAUGCUAAGACAACAAAGGAUUCCGUAUAUUCCAAGUUCUUGAGUGCAACACUAACUUCUAUUUUGGGUUGGGUGGAAAGAAGACUGCUUGCAUAUCAUGACACGUUUGAUAAUGUAAAUAUUAAUACCAUGCCUAAUAUAGUUUCUAUUGGGAUAUCUGCGGCUAAAAUAUUAGUUGAAGAUAUAUCUCAUGAGUACCGUAGAAAGAGGAAAAGUGAAGUUGCUGUGGCUCGUAGCAGAAUCGAUACAUACAUCCGGUCAUCACUUCGCACUGCAUUCGCUCAGAUGAUGGAGAAGGCGGAUUCAAGUCGGAGAGCAUCAAAGAAUCAGCCACACCCUCUUCCUGUUCUUGCGAUCCUUGCUAAAGAUGUCGGUGAGCUUGCUGCUCAUGAGAAGAAAGUAUUCAGUCCAAUAUUGAAGAGAUGGCAUCCUUUGGCUGCUGGUGUUGCGGUUGCAACCCUCCAUGCUUGCUAUGGCAAUGAAUUAAAGCAAUUCAUUUCAAGUAUAACGGAGUUGACACCUGAUGCUGUGGAAAUCUUGAGAGCAGCUGACAAGUUGGAGCAAGAUCUCGUGCAAACAGCGGUCGAAGAUUCAGUGGAUAGCGACGAUGGUGGUAAGGCAGUCAUCCGUGAGAUGCCUCCGUAUGAGGCUCAAGCUGCUAUAGCCAAUUUGGUCAAAGUUUGGAUGAAAAUGAGACUGGAUAGAAUGAAGGAACGGGUUGAAAGGAACAUACAAGCAGAGGUUUGGAAUCCACGUGCCAUCCAAGACGGACUUGCACCUUCUGCCGUUGAGGUUCUGCGGGUCGUAGAUGAUAUUUUGGAUGCAUUCUUUCAACUGCCUAUUCCAAUGCAUCCAGCACUGCUCCCCGACUUGAUAGCUGGUCUUGACCGAUGCUUAAAAUACUACACAAGCAAAGCUAAAUCUGGCUGUGGAUCACGAAAUACAUUUCUACCAACUAUGCCAGCUUUGACAAGAUGUCCCAUUGGGUCAAAAUUAGGUGUUUUUAAGAAAAAAGAUAAACCUUUGAAUUCUCUGAGAAAAAGCUCUCAAGUUGCUGUGAAUGGGGAGGCUGCAUCUGGAGUGCCACAGCUUUGCGUGCGGAUAAACACCUUGCACAAAAUCCGGUCAGAGUUGGAAGUUGUGGAGAAAAGAAUAAUCACCCUCUUGAGGAAUUGUGAGUCUGCUUGUGAAGAAGACUUUUCAGGUGGCUUAGGAAAAAAGUUUGAUAUGACACCAGCAGCCUGUGUAGAUGCUAUCCAACAACUUUCAGAGGCUGUGGCUUACAAACUUGUCUUCCACGAUUUAAGCCAUGUCUUGUGGGAUAAUUUAUAUGUUGGAGAUGCAUCAUCAUCGAGAAUUGAGCCUUUCCUGCAGGAGCUAGAGCAGAACUUAUUAAUCAUAUCAGAUACUGUAAACGAAAGGAUACGAACACGAAUUAUCACAGACAUCAUGAGAGCUUCAUACGAUGGAUUCUUAUUAGUGUUGCUUGCUGGGGGGCCUUACCGUGCCUUCUCGUGUCAGGAUUUUAAGAUCAUAGAGGACGAUUUUAAAGCACUUAAAGACCUCUUUUGGGCUGAUGGUGAUGGGUUGCCUAUUGAUAUAAUUAACAAAUAUUCAUCUACGGCAAGAGAAGUUCUUCCUCUCUUUAACACUGAUACAGAAUCUCUCAUUGAACGUUUCAGACGUGUGAUUAUAGAAGCUUAUGGUUCUUCUGCGAAGACCAAGUUUCCACUACCUCCUACUUCCGGUGAAUGGAAUCCAACAGAACCAAAUACGUUACUGCGUGUCUUGUGUCACAGGAAUGAUGAUACUGCUUCAAAGUUCCUUAGAAAGACAUACAAUUUACCUAAAAAACUGUAACUUGUGAUGAUUUUGAUGCUGUCAUCAACGGACAAGGCUACACGUUUGGUUCUUGGAUUGGUUAAAGAAACAGGAAUUGUUUCUUAUGGUUGAGCAUCUAUGUGAAGUUUUCCAUCUAUAAAGAUUCAUGUAAUUCGAGUACAAGAUCAAAUACCUACUGAAGCUUCAUCUAGAGCGUUUGCAUAUGAUAGUAGUGUUUACGAUUGAGUUGUGUAAUGUUCCACUGUGGUUGCUUUCCUUGGCUAAUUGGCUACUUCUGGUACUGACUGCAAGCAUAGCAGGUUUGAUUGUCAUCUACUAUUGUUCAUAGUGCUAUCUGUUUCAUGUAUGUAUUAUAGCCAUCUUUCAUUUGUAUAAUGUUAACUCAUAAUUCUUUUAUUAAAGAUAUUCAUUAUUAUUUGUUUGAACAAUGGUAUUCAUAACCUUAAGAGAGAAUUAAAAAGCUCAAAAAUGUAAUUAUUAUACUUCUGAUAAUUUGGUGAUAAAUUUUCAUUUUAAUUCUAUUUUAGGUUGCA